CCAAUAAUACAAGAUGCGGAGGAUGUCGGAGGAGGUUCAUCCUCCUACUGAACAGAGUUCGUGGAUUCUAAACUGGCUGCCUUCCUGGUGCCCCACAUCUCCAACUCAGCUUAAAGAUGCAGAGGAAAAAAUGUUAAAGACUGUGAAGCGACCCUAUUCAAGGCAGCACAUCCGCAUAUCCAACAGUAACUACCUGUGGACCAUCGCCUUCUCCACACACCUGCAUCCCAACUCAACGUCACUCCCACAGCCAACCAGGACUCCUUUGGUUCUGCUGCAUGGGUUUGGGGGCGGCCUCGGGCUUUGGGCCCAGAACCUGGACGCCCUGUCCAGCUGCGGACCCGUCUACGCCCUGGACUUGUUGGGCUUUGGAAGGAGCAGCCGCCCCCAGUUCAGCACCGACCCCGAAGAGGCAGAGGAGGAGUUUGUUUUGUCCUUGGAGGAGUGGAGGGAGAAGGUGGGCCUGGAUGAGAUGGUUCUGCUGGGACACAACCUGGGAGGAUACCUUUCUGCUGCUUACGCGCUCAAGUACCCAAACAGGGUGAAGCAUCUGCUGCUGGUGGAACCGUGGGGAUUCCCUGCCCGGCCAGAGAACCCUAACCACUACUCCAUCCCAGUGUGGAUCAGAGCCAUCGGUGCCAUCAUGAGCCCAUUCAACCCUCUGGCCGGUCUCAGGCUGGCUGGGCCUCUGGGUCCGAUGUUGGUCCAGACAAUCCGCUCAGAUUUCAAGCAGAAAUACUCCUCUGUGUUUGAUGACAACACCGUCUCCGACUACAUCUACCAUCUCAACGCCCAGACACCCAGUGGAGAGACGGCCUUUAGGAACAUGACCAUUCCGUACGGAUGGGCCAAGAGGCCGAUGCUGGAGCGGAUCAACGGGGUCAGAGCUGAUAUUCCCAUCUCCUUCAUUUAUGGGUCUCGAUCCAGCAUCGACAGCAACUCUGGAUGUGCGUUGAAGAAAACCAGACCAGACGUAGAAAUCAUCGUGAUCCGAGGCGCAGGUCAUUAUGUGUUUGCUGACCAGCCGGAGGACUUCAACCAGACGGUCCUUCGGAUUCUUGCCUGGACGGAAGGAAAAGACGGCGAUGAAAACACAAAGCAGUGAAACGCUAAAGGGAAUCAAAUAUGAACACAUUAUACUACCAGAGAAAUAAGCCCCCUUAUCACGCACUUUACAUGAGAUCGGUCAAAAACUCUCAUCACUCCAUUCUUCUUAAGGUAACUUCUCUGGGUUUGGGUAAAAAAAGUUCCCAGGGUUAUUUUAAAUGUGUUUUGUAAAUAAAUAUGA